AAACAUAUAUAUACAUACAUAUAUACGUAUAAGGAUCUCUUGAAUCCCAAUAGAUCCAACUCCUGAAGAAGCAGGAACGAAGGUGAAAUGUCUUCCAUAUCGGAGAACCUUCCGAAUCCCUGUAAAGCCCUUGUAUCGGUUGCAGCCUCUCUGGCAUUAUCCACCCUCGCGCUGCGGUUGGCCGAUCGCCUGCCUGAUGCGGUUGAGACCUACUUGAUCUUGUGGUUCCGUUCUCUUUCCAGCCGGGUCUCGUCCCAGCUCACUCUGCUCAUUAGGGACUCCAAUGGGCUAGCCCCAAAUCAGAUAUUUGAGGCUGCAACCGUUUACUUGGGCACCAAGCUGUCCCCAUCAACAAGUCGUAUCGACGUGUACAAGCCGGCACAGGAAGAUGAAUUGGUGGUCAGUAUGGAUAGGGAUCAAGAACUGGUCGAUACGUUCAAGGGCAUGAAGCUAAAAUGGAUCUUGAUGUCGGCACGGAAUCGAGAUUCAUCACAUCCUAUACAAUCUCGCAAGAAGAGCUCGAUUUCGAAGUUUGAAUCUCAGCACUUUCUGCUUCGGUUUUCCAAGAAACACCGGGACCUCGUCCUGGAAUCUUACCUCCCCUGGAUCCUCAGCAGAGCCAAGGAGAUAAGAGAACAGAGGAAGGCAGUGAAGCUCCAUACAGUCGAUUACAACGGGCCUGACUACUGGGGAUUGAUAAAUCUCAGCCACCCUGCCACAUUUGAUACGAUCGCCAUGGAACCCAAUAUUAAAGCAGCUUUGAUCGAGGAUCUCAACAGUUUUGUAGGCGGGAGAGAGUAUUACAAGCGCGUUGGACGAGCUUGGAAACGUGGGUACUUAUUGUACGGGCCACCUGGGACCGGGAAGUCGAGCUUGGUGGCUGCGAUGGCCAAUUACCUCAAGUUUGACGUGUAUGACUUGGACUUGAAUGAGGUGCAGUGCAAUUCGGACUUGAGGAGGCUGUUGAUCGGGACAGGUAGUCAGUCGAUUAUAGUGAUCGAGGACAUCGAUUGCUCAAAGGAGUCGAAACUAUUGGAUGAGGAUAAGAUUACUCUCUCGGGCCUACUUAACUUCAUUGAUGGGCUGUGGUCAAGCUGCGGGGACCAGAGGAUAAUCGUGUUCACAACCAAUCACAAGGACCGGCUCGACCCGGUACUGUUGAGACCCGGUCGUAUGGACCUCCACAUCCACAUGUCCUACUGCACCUUCAGUGGGUUCAAGACUCUGGCACACAAUUACCUCGGAAUAACUCAGGACCAUCCUUCAUUCGCAGACAUCGAGAACCUGUUGAAGAAGGAUCAGGCGACCCCAGCAGCAAUCGCAGGGGAGUUGAUGAUAUCUCAGGAUCCCGAGGUCACACUCAGAGGACUUGUUGAGUUCCUCCGGCACAAGUUGGAUGACUCUGAGUCGGUUCAUAAUCUGUGAACUGGUUCUGCAAUGGAUAGGCGUUGCUACAUUCGACGCAUGAAAUGGAUAGACUUGUUGCUGGAAAUGGAGGGGGAGCUGUAACUGGGUCUCGCUCAGGUAUACCCCAGCUUUUAGCUCGGGUUGCCGUCAAAGAGAGUACCCGUCACUUUGGGAACAACACCGGAGUAUAGUAUAACCCGGAACAAAUAAUCAUCGAGUCCACAAGAAAAAUGAAUGUAAUUGGC